AGCCAUUUGGGCUCAAGAGACGCGCCAGCCCUUCCACCGAACCCGCGCCGCGGACAUGACGGACUCCUUGCUGGCGCCCGCGCUGAUUUCCUGCACGCCGCGGCACGCUGCUGCCCCUGCUCCUCCUCCAUCGCCCGUGGCAGGGGUCUCCAAGGUCCCCACGCCCCGCCUGGCUCGUGGGGAUCCUUUGCCCGUGGCGCCCUGCUCCCACAAGGUCCCGCCGCUGGACUUCGCUGCGGUCGCCGCCUCCAGCCGCCACACACCCACCGACUCCACGAGGGAGGGAACCGACGUGGACCUUCUCUAUGAGGAAGCCGAGGCGCUGAGGCUGCAGACUCCGCCGGACACCGAGAGGAACCCAGCGCCCGUUGAGCACCUGUGGCAGGGUUUGCACCCUGCUGGGCGAAGGACCUACAAGGCCCCAAUCCUGACGGAAUCCAUCCUGUUCCACGGCCUGGUCGUGGACCACGCGAGGUCCGCCGCGCGUGGCAGGUCGAAGCGCAGGGCCGCGCGCGACGACAGCUACAGCAAAGACGUGCCCUCCCGGAGCGCUGCGACCCCCGCGACCAUGGCAUCCGAAGCAGGAGCGGAGGCCCCAUAGCGACGUGGGCCGCCGCAGGGGAUCUGCGCGCGGAGAGCGCCUGGACGCCCCCCGCGCGGUCGCCAGCAGCCCGGCUAAUGCCAGGCAGAAAUUUGCCAGGCCUGGCAAAUGCCAGGCGGCCUUGGGUUAAUACCCGUGCCCAGCCCAGGUUGAGCGUGAUGAUGUUUUUGAAUGCUUGGUGUUGAGCUCGCCUGGCCGUGCCUGACAUUUGAUGCUGAGCGUGGAGAGUACUAGCAGCCACGGGCUACGCUUCCUCUGCCGUGCCAAGGCGCGCGGCGGGGGUGGGAUGAGGAGGGAGGGGGGGG